AUGCACAUUUGUUUUCUUUUUAAUAUUGUAGGUUUCCAUUUAAUUAAGCAGCUGAGAGGCAUGAGUGUGGUGUUAGUGCUACUUCCUAUGGUGCUGUUUGUUCUGCUCACGGGGGCUCAGCGAGCUUGCCCCAAGAACUGCAGAUGUGAUGGCAAGAUUGUGUACUGUGAAUCCCAUGCGUUCAGAGACAUCCCUCAGAAUAUUUCUGGAGGGUCUCAAGGCUUAUCUUUACGCUACAACAGCAUUCAGAAGCUCAAAUCGAAUCAGUUUGCGGGCCUGAAUCAGCUCAUAUGGCUUUAUCUUGACCAUAAUUACAUCAGCACCGUGGACGAGGAUGCGUUCCAGGGGAUCCGCAGGCUGAAGGAAUUAAUUCUGAGCUCCAAUAAAAUCACCUAUCUGCACAACAAAACCUUUCACCCCGUCCCCAACCUCCGCAAUCUGGACCUCUCUUACAACAAGUUGCAGGUGUUGCAGUCCGAGCAGUUCAAGGGACUUCGUAAACUCUUGAUCUUGCACUUGAGGUCCAACUCCCUGAAAACCGUUCCCAUCCGCGUGUUCCAGGACUGCCGAAACCUGGACUUCCUGGAUUUGGGCUACAACCGCCUGCGGAGCUUGUCCCGGAACGCCUUCGCUGGCCUUCUGAAGUUGACAGAGCUGCACUUGGAGCACAACCAGUUUUCUAAGAUCAAUUUUGCCCAUUUCCCACGCCUCUUCAACCUGCGCUCCAUUUACUUGCAGUGGAAUAGGAUCCGGUCUAUUAGCCAGGGGUUAACGUGGACUUGGAGUUCCUUGCACAACUUGGAUUUAUCAGGAAAUGACAUUACAGGGGUGGAGCCUGGGACCUUCCAGUGCCUUCCCAACCUGCAAAAGCUGAACUUGGAUUCAAACAAACUCACCAACAUCUCCCAGGAGACCAUCAAUACAUGGAUCUCCCUCAUCUCCAUCACUCUGUCCGGAAAUAUGUGGGAAUGUACUCGGAGCAUUUGUCCUCUGUUUACUUGGCUUAAGAAUUUCAAAGGAAAUAAAGAAAGCACAAUGAUAUGUGCAGGCCCUAAACACAUCCAGGGUGAAAAAGUGAGCGAUGCUGUGGAAACAUAUAAUAUCUGUGCUGAAAUCCAGGUAGUGGUUACAGAAAGAUCCUACCAGGCCCCUAAAACUCCCCUGAGACCUCUCUUCAUUCCUAAACCUACCGUUUCCAAACUCGAGAGCAAUCAGCCAACCUCUGUUCUGCCAAGCCCUUCUGCUGACCUCCCGACCCCUGGAGUGGAACCAGAGUACGAGCACGUUUCCUUCCACAAAAUCAUUGCUGGGAGCGUGGCUCUCUUCCUCUCUGUGGCCAUGAUCCUGCUGGUUAUCUACGUGUCCUGGAAGCGCUACCCAGCCAGCAUGAAGCAGCUCCAGCAGCACUCGCUCAUGAAGAGGCGCAGGAAAAAGGCCCGAGAGUCUGAGAGGCAAAUGAACUCCCCUUUACAGGAGUAUUACGUGGACUACAAGCCAACAAACUCUGAGACCAUGGAUGUAUCAGUUAAUGGAUCUGGGCCCUGCACCUAUACCAUCUCUGGCUCCAGGGAAUGUGAGGUUCCUCACCACAUGAAGACUUUACCUUAUUACAGUUACGACCAACCCGUGCUGGGGUACUGCCAAGCUCACAAGCCUCUCCAUGUAAAUAAGGGGUACGACACCAUGGGCCGGGAGCAGGCGGAAGCCACCAACCUGGAACUGAGUCGGGACCACAGCUUCAUCGCCACCAUCGCCCGCUCGGCUGCUCCCACCAUUUACAUUGAGAGAAUACCAAACUAGGAGGGGAGACAACUUCCAGAAGCGGAGUGGGGAAUUCUUCCUGAGGGACCUUUCAUCUCGGAAGAGAGCAGGGCAAGAAACUAAAAAAAAAAUCUA